AUGGGUGUUGGGUGUAUUGCAGUUGGUUGCAAAAAGCUGAGAUUGAGUCAUUUGAAAUGGUGCCUCCGUGUUACCAACCUGGGGGUCGGAUUGCUUGCUGUUAAGUGUAAAGAUCUUCGAAGUUUGGAUCUUUCGUACUUGCCAAUCACAGAUAAAUGCUUGCCGUCGAUCUUCGAGUUACAAUAUCUUGAAGAUUUGGUUCUAGAAGGAUGCUUCGGCAUCGACGAUGACAGCCUUUCUACCUUCAAACAUGGGUGUAAGUCGCUUAAGAAACUUGAGAUAUCUAGCUGUCAGGACAUUAGUCAUGUUGGGUUGUCCGUCCUAGCGAGCUGUAGUGAAGGAUGUUUAGAGCAACUCGUAUUGUCAUAUGGCUCUCCUGUGACUCUUGCUCUUGCUGAUAGUUUGGAAAAGCUUCCAACGUUGCAGUCAAUCAAAUUAGACGGUUGCCUGGUUACCUGUGCUGGACUAAAAUCCAUUGGAAACUGGUGUGUUUCGCUAAGGGGCGACAGAUGGGAACUCACUACUACCUGUGCUCAGUGGCUGUGCUCCUUGCCUGUGCUCAAUGGUGAUGGUGGAACUCCUUCCUGUGUCUCCUCACGCCUUGCACUACCUCGAGAAUUUCUCGUGUUCACAGGGUUCAAGCGUGCAUUAUUUAUGAUGAUUAUGUACAAGAGCCCACAACGGAUUUAA